AUGACCCCUGGUGGGAGGAGAAGACAACUCUCCUGGACUACAGCUUAUCAUCUCCGAAGCCCCAUCUCAUCAACUCGACUCGAGGGGGGCGAGGGUUAUAUCAUAUCUGUCCAACGAUCGGCUCGGGAAGAGAGAGAGCGGGAGAGAGCAAGAGCACAGAUGGCAAAGUCACCUUCGCUUGGCUGGUUCGCUGGCUUUGCUGCAGAGAGUAAGGUUCAGUGGAGCCUGGCAAGGGAUAAAGACUCUUCUCAUGGAAGCCUUGGAAAACGAAGGAGUGGAGAUGGGUCGACGGCAAGAGGAGGCUGA